GGACCGAAAUGUAAACUGUUAAGUGAAGGGGACAUUCAAGUGUGUCGUUUAAAUCACACUCGAACUAUUGUGAGUAAAAUUAUGAACUCCAAAUAUUUACGGAGAUGGGAAAGUCAUCACAUUAUAUUGGAUCAUAAUGUCAUUCGUUCACAAACGGUU